UCAGCAAUACGGUGUGUCGCUACAUUAUUCGAAAGCUAAUUCCAUUAUCGUCGACAGUCAUCGUGAAAUAAAGUUCUGCCGGAAUGUUUUCUGUUUUUUUUUUUUUUACUGUUGACUGCAAGCAGUAUCGGUUUGCGUGACGCCUUAUCAAGUAAUAGCAGGAAAUUCAGCAUAACCGCGCUCAUGCAGUUCGGAGCGUGGUGGGGCACAUAUAUAAGCAGACCUUUUGCUUGCCCGUAGGAAAGCCGUUGCAGAAUAUUUGUCUCGACGCGACAUCAGAAUGCGUGUCUACAGUGGCUCUUCAAGUGCCUCCAUCCACCGCAUCCUGAAGAAUAAUAACCAUCUAUCGCGGCCAGUGCAAGCGUAAACUUGUAGAAAUUAGCUGCAGUGAUAUUUCGAGCUGUGCAAAUUUUGUGUCCGUGGUGCCUUAUUGCAUCGCUUAGGCUGUCCUACUACUAUUAAGUGCCGUUUCAGCUCUGUCGAAGAAGACUUAUCUGACAUUCGCUUGGGUGCUGUAUUUGCGGCAUCAUCUUCAGACAGGAGCCUACCAGUGGAAGCAACCUGUCUUCGCCGUCGCACUACAGUGCCGAACACUCAUGGCCGCGCAUCGCGAGGGCCACGUGGAAGAAAUCGCACUUGUGCCACUGAAUCGACGAGUCCACCUGAUUCCGAAUGGAACCAUUCCUUCCGUUCCUCUCCAUGUGCCACAGCACAAUGAAACCGUGCCACGCUGCAACAUAAUCGCCGUUUGCUGCUGCUAUGCCAUUGCAAUUGCGAUAAGCUGUGCCGCCAUGCUUUACCAAUUCGGAGUUUUUUCUGAUCUGGGAUACUGGACAACACCGACGCUUCGCGGCCGCCGCAACGGACAGGGCAUGCCUCUUGUCGUUUUAUGGAGCGUACCGCGUGGUGAAGGGGUCGUGGAAACGGCUAACGAAUUGGCUGUCGUUGGCUACGAACCAGUGAUCAGUGCAUGCUACAACGGCGGAAGCCAACGGCCACGCAAUUGCGUGUUUACGGAGAACCACCAGCGAACGCAGGAAAGUAACGCUGUGGUGUUCCACAGCGCAUUCUUCAGCGUCUACGACGUCCCCGAGAAGCGCGCCGCUGAUCAGCUGUGGGUGUUGUGGGCGCCGAGCCGCCUGCUACCUGCUCGCUCCAACUCUCUUCGUGGACUUACGGUGGAGACGCUGCCGUCGGUGGCUAAGAUGUUCAACUGGACAUUUAGCCAUUGGGACGAGGCGGACGUCCACGUACCGCACAAGCAAUGGCGGUGCGGUGGCCUCGUCAACGACUCUCGCAACCUGACGGAGUGGGAACAGAACAGCUUUCAAGAAGCGACGAACCGGAAGGACGCCGCCUGGAUUGUGGACGAGUGCCAAAUGCAGCGCAUCCGGAAGCAAGUAGGCCAGCCGCCUGCAGCCGCAGUAGCGUCGCCCAUUCGUCUGAGCCUAAUCACUGCGUGCGGAUCUGCCUACUGCAAAUCCCGGACGGAAUGCGUGCGUUAUGUGGCGGAGAACUUCCACUUUAUAUUUGUAUCCAAGUCACCUGGCUGUUUCGCGAGCGCGGAUGAAGUUAUCUACGACGCGUUUCAGUACGACCUCGUACCCGUGGUUUUCGGGCUACCAAAAGAUGCUGUUGGCUUGCCGAAGCGUUCGGUUGUCAACGCGGCCUCGCUUAACAAGCCGGGAGAACUGGCCAAGCACCUUCGCUCGCUUCUAGACGAACCCAGCAAGUAUGAAAGCUACUUUGCCUGGAAACGCGAAUGUGUCGUGACUUCACCCCUCAGUGACUUGUGCGCACUUUGCGACGCACUCUACGAAGAACCAGUGAGGGCGGCAGCAUACUCUCAAGCUCUCGAGUGGUGGACAAAUAUUACAGCCUGCUCAGAUCUCGCGCUACACUUUUUCAACGGAAUAGUUGAAACGCCCAUGUAAAAUGAGACGUGCCCAUGUUCACGGACUUCAGUACCGUGUAAGUAUGGAAUGUGCUACGACGGGGCAAGGCUAAGUGCGUAUCUCUUCAUGACGAUCCCGAAAAUCUUAUUCUUGCUGCUGUCGCAGGAUGGAAUACCUGGAAUUAUUUUUAGUGUUCGAAACAGUUACGCUUGUCGCCAUACAUGUGCUUAUGGUAGACGAAUAUAUGCUUAACAUAGCAGUCUUACGCUGCAUGACGAGCUGCCCUUGACACGUGUUUAUUAUGUUGACAACGUAACAAAACAUGCAGAAACGGAACAAACUACGACUAUACCGCCAGUAUGUUUCUUUCACUGUUGGCGCAUACAUUUAAUGAGGGAGCAUAGUGCUCGCGCACAUCUCAACCACCCGAAAGAGUGAUGUCGUUUAAGCGCGCCUUCUGGCAUUGAUCUAUCUCUUGGUUGUAUCUGAGAGACGUAUGAGCAUCACGGCUGAUUGCAAAAAAAAGGAAAGGAAAUAUUAGCUAUCUAGGAAGAAGGAAUAAACGAUAAAAUUUUGACUGGUCGCCGAGUUUCUUUUCGCUACAGUGAGAAACAAUCCACUUGUUCUCAGUCCGUCUAAGCAUAGAGAACUGACUUCUUUUAUAUUUGUGAAUGUUCACACAAAGAAUUAAAAUGCACAUAUUAGUCCAAAUAGCUGCCAAAUAGUUUCGGGUUGAUUUACAGGGUGCAAUCUUGAACAUCGAGACAUAAAGACUAGUUAAAAAAGGACAAAACAGGUUAUGUCUUAGACGCGUGCCGCAUUUACGUGCCUUCCAAAUGCUGCUUUUCUUCUUUAGGUUCGGACACCGAGUAUACAGCCUACAUAUUAUGGCCACCACUCCCGUUUUUUUAGAAAAAGACGCGUACUCUUUACACUAUAC